GCAACGGCGCAAGCUAUGCAGGCACCGGGCUCGGAGGCUAAGCUGGGGCUAACGCUGGCCGCUGCCGCCGACGCCCCCACUCUGCGUGUGUGCCGCGCCGUCUGCUGUAGCUCGCGCAGUGUCGCGAGAGCCGCUGGUGCGUGCAUGGUCGGCCUCUCAGAACCGAGGCAGCAGCGCCGGCUCCGAUGGCCGGCGCCGCGGACUGCCUGUCCGCUGUUGCUGCUGUUGACGGCUCUCGCACUGACCUCGCCGGUCGAGAGCCUGCCGCAGCGGAGCAGCGGAGAAGAUCAACGCUCGGAGGAGUACCAUGGCUUCGAGUUCAAGCAUCACGACAACACUGAGUUGGCCGACGAGCUGCGUCGCGUGUCGCGUGCCUGUCCGGACAUCACCAACCUCUACGAGUUGGGUCACCGCAGCGUGCUGGGACAGCCCCUGUGGGUGCUCGAGAUGACCGACAGGCCUGGCGUCCACGAACUGUUGGAGCCCGAGACCAAGUAUGUGGCGAACAUGCACGGCAACGAGGUGCUCGGCCGCGAGCUGAUGUUGGCGCUGGCCUGGUACCUGUGCCACCGCUAUCGAGAGGGAGAUCCCGAAGUCACCGCGCUGCUGAACACGACGCGCAUCCACAUCAUGCCUAGCAUGAACCCUGACGGCUGGGACACGGCGGCCAAGUCUCCUCGUGAAGACUGGGUGAGCGGCCGCGCCAACGCCAUGGGCGUGGACCUCAACAGAGACUUUCCUGACUUGGAACGCAUUCUGCGAGACAACAACCUCCGGCGGAUCAAGCCAGACCACCUCUUCAAUGGAGAGCUCACUCACCCGGUCCAACCAGAGACAAAAGCCGUCAUGGAGUGGAUCUUGUCGUUGCCGUUCGUGUUGUCGGCGAAUUUCCACGGCGGUGCCUUGGUGGCAAACUACCCGUUUGACGACACGCUUGAUGGCUCUCAGAAAAAAUAUACAUCAGCGCCAGAUGACGCCACAUUUAGGCACCUGGCACAGACGUACGCAGCCAGUCACCCGCGCAUGAAGCUAGGCGAGACGUGCGGCGGAGACGCCUUCAGGGACACUGGAGGCAUCACCAAUGGAGCUGCAUGGUACGCUGUCGCCGGAGGCAUGCAGGACUUCAAUUACUUGGGCUCGAAUGAUUUCGAGAUCACAGUCGAGCUGGGCUGCCGCAAAUUCCCGUCAGAAUCUGAGCUCCGGAAGGAGUGGGAGGACAACAAGCAGGCGCUACUCAACUUUCUCUGGCAGGCACAAAUUGGAAUCAAAGGCUUGGUUACCGACAGCCUGUCGGGUGAACCAAUCGCCGACGCGGACGUGGAGGUGACCAACGUCACCGACGGAGAGCCGAGGCUGAUCCGCCAUAACGUCCUCACCAGCGAGAAUGGUGAAUACUGGCGGCUGCUGAUUCCCGGAACGUAUGCAGUCCGUGUCUAUCGGCGCGGCUACAUCCCCGCCCAGAAGCAGGUCAUUGUUGAGUACCAGCCCCACACGGAGGCUCAGCGGGUCGACUUCCAGCUGAAGCCGGUCGCCGCACGAGCCAUGGAAAUGCUGCUGGAAUCUGAAGCCUACAUGGAUGGCAACCAAGAGCACAGGCUACUCCCACCACCACACCCACUGAAGCAGAUGCAGCCGAUGUGAUUGCCACAUCUCGCCCGAGGCUGCAAAAUGCACAAACUGCAUAGAGUUGAAAGUUGGAAGAAAAUUGUUUAUUUGACAGCAAAGAACAUCUUGCUGCUGGAUAACAAUGAGCAGAAGUGGCAGUGUUUGCUGAAAAGCUCUCAAACAUAUCCAACAAGCCUACACAGAAAAGAAAUGGGCAGGAACACU